UACCCCGUGAUGACAGCUGUUCAGCCUCUCUGAAUUAAUGGCCAUAGUGUGUGGUUCUGGAGGCAAUGCCUUCAGAGGAAGGAAAAUAGCAACAAAUGCCAACUGUCAUGCCAUGCCGCUGUUUCUUUUGCAGAUUAAAUGUUGAGUGCAAAGCUUGGGACCACCUGCUGGAAGUCUAUCACCAAAAAGCAGAACAUGCAGCUCAUGAUUUGGAGAAAGCAAAAGUAGCUGAAGGGACGUUUGAACCAAUCGCUUUGGAGAAUUCUCAAAUGAAUGUGAUCAGGACAAAGCCAGACUACCAGAGUUUUCUGAAUGAGGAUGUGUCCGUUCUCCAGAAUAUGGAAUGUAUAAUGGACCAGCUGCAACUAACCACGAACAUGAUUACUCAAGCCAAACAGGAAUGGGAUUCCUGGCUGAAAAAUAUAUCCAAAAAACUGGCAUCCAGAACAUUCAAAGGGCUGGAAGAAUGUCCGGUACAGAAAUUCCUAACAGCUACCAAGGAGUAGUGAAGAGAACUGAGAUGGCAAUUAUUGGGUUGAGAGGAGAUCUUCUCAUUGGACUUUUAAUGCCUGUGGCAGUGGCCUGCAAGACACUGUACUCACCUGGACUUUGCUCAGGAUUUCACCUGAGAUUUUACCACUUUUUGCACCUUUUGCUGGCAUUUGAGGCUAGACAUAUUUUCUACUCCCCUUCCCCCAGUUUAGAGUUCCACAGUGAAAGGCAGCUCUCACCCAGUCUAGCUUUUAGUUUCACAGAUUCUAAGCAGGUGGUGAGUGAUUUAGGAGGCAACAGAUCAGGUCCUAGUGAUGUGGCUGUACUGGAAUAUCAAGUAGGCUCAGGUAUUUGCCCAGCUGUGAAAUCUGUGGUAGGUUAUCUUGCCGAUGCUUGCUGACUAGGCUUCUGUUGAGAAUGGUCAUUUGGGACCAACAUGUGACAGAGCUGUGGGAGCCUUUGACACAGAGGAUCCAUUUGUGGCAGCAGGAGGUCAGAAAGAGACUGGAUUGAUGUGAUGUGUUUAAAUGAGUUCAAAUCUAUGGGAAAGUCUGCCUCUAGUGGCAAUGUAUUUGGGUUUUGGUAACUGAUUACCAGAGCAGCUGCUACCAUUUUGAAGUGAAAUGGGCCAAUGAUCUUGUGAAAACCCACAGCAUCCUAUUGCAAAAUUAGAAAUGAAUAGUUUUGCACAUGAAUGGAAAGUACUCGUGAGCACCUUGAGUCUUUUCUUUCAUGUAUGUGCUCCUCUCUGGCAAUGCAUCUAGACAUAGUCCAACAGGUCUCACUGCAGUUGUGAGUGCACUUUGACAGUCUUUCAUCUGAGCUUUACAUGCUGGUGUCCAGUUAUGAAGGUUGGUAUAGUAAUGGAAUAAUUUAGUUGAGAACAUGUGCUUUUGUCUGCCUGAAUCUCAACUAACUGCAAAACUGAGUAGGACUGGAAGCUAUAAUCACCCCAACUUAACUUUGAAGUUUAAUUCAGGCAGAAGUAAGGAAUUACAUUUUAACAUCAGUUUUAUACUUUGCUUUGUGCUUGUUACUUACAAUGAGAAAUUUGAGAUAUUUCUGGAAGGUAAUUUUCAUCGUUUGGGUAGACAUUUUUAUUGGUAAAUAGUGAAUGUUUUCUGAGCACUAACUGGUCAGGACAGUUUGCAUUGAAUGUAAAAAUUGUUACAGUUUCAGGAUAAAUCUGAUCAACUCAACUUCAGUUACUAGCUGGUUCUAUGACAAGAAACAUGGGAGGGUUCCACACCCAUAUGGCCCUUGGGAGCUUUGAACUUGGUUCGCUCAUCUGAUAAAGAAGUCAGUAUCCACACUAUAGAAGUGAAGCACCGAGAUACUUGCCCAAGAAUUGUCAGUGUGUUGGUAGUGAGUGAUUAUGGCUUCAAUCUGUCCCUGUUUCUUAUUAGCUGGAGAUUAUUGGCCCAUUUCUAUUUUCCAUAUUUUCAAACAUUUGUUCCUGAGCUUUCUGUAUAUGGUCUGUAAAUUGUAUAGUAGAUUGUACAUUAAAGUUUAAUUUCCACAAAGAUUACUUCUGACUUAUGUUUUAUCCAGUGCACUGAAAUAUAGUUUGCCAUUCUUAACU